AUUUCAAACGUCUCCCGUCUUAUCUAAAUAAGCUUAAAGUGUUUUUCUUAAUUAAACAAUCACUCCUACGAUUAAUUGAAAGUAUUUAGUUUAAGCGUGUCGGUAUCCGCAGGCACUUUAUAAUCGAUAUUCAUAAUGGUUAAUAUGCACCAAGUAGAGGGCUACGAGAAUUUCGUGGAGUUCUUCAAGAACUUCGACGCAAAGGGCACUAAAAUACACGUUUAUUUUAGCGGUUCGAAAUUACCGAACGGGACGAGCUGGUGCGACGAUUGUCGGAGAGCCUGGCCUGUUAUUAAGGAAGAGCUGGAGAAGUUCGAUAAAACGAAUCCCGAUACGCAUUUCGUGUACGUCGAAGUAGGAGACCGGCCAUUCUGGAAGGACCCGAAAUGCCCGUUCAGAACAGACCCCAGCACCAAGCUGAUGGUCCUUCCCACAUUGAUCAGAUGGCAUCAGCCCCAACGUUUAAACGGCGAUCAGUGCGAGAAAAACGAACUUGUCCAAAUGCUGUUCGAAGACGACGAGGAGUUCUAGUAUUAAAUUAGGAUUACAGCUAACUAUUCGCACUAUUACGGUAUUUUAUAUUUCCAAACAGUUAUUUUUUCUUUAUAAAUUGUAAUUAAAUUUUAUUACUCAA